GGCAUCACGCUCGCGGCCGCGAAGGACGGACCCGAGUUCCACCUCGUCGCCGCCUCCUUGCGCCAGCUCGACACCGACAUCCUUGCGCUUCUCACCCACGCAAGUCGCCUCGGCGCUGUCUACAUCACCUCCAUUCACACACAGGCGUACCUCGAGCAGCUCUGUCGAGCAGUUUUGCCGCGGACAGGCCAGCUCCUCUUCCAUCCGUGCUCUAGCGUCCAGCUUGUGUGCGCGUCAUCAACGCCAUCGCCAACGUGGUACGCGCAGGUUCUCCAGGCGAUCUACGCGCGCACAGCGAGCCAUGACGGCAUCGACCAGCCCAUCUCGGUGCUUGCCGUGGGCCACGACCACACAUGGCACUGGAGCCUCGCUCAAGUUAGCCACCACGUCGUGCCAAAGCGCCUCGUCCUCACAACGCUGGAGCCGAACUUGCCCGACUGCAUCGAGAAGCUCAAGCAGCUCGAAUCGAUCCUAGACGACGUCGCCUUCCAUCGCGGCCCGCUGCACCUCGUCAUGUAG